AUGCCCAAAAAGCACCAGCGGUUCCAUACCAAGCCAGCUAGUCCUGCCCACCAUAGUCUUGGUUCUUCGUCUCGCCAUGACAGGCCUGGGGCAUCUGUGGCUGCAGAGUCAGUCAAUGAUCUGAUCAGCCACCUGCGGCUGACACAAACACCGAAUCCUUCUGAAGAUGGGUUACCCCGCCAGCGUCCCUCUCAACGCUCCUUCGUCGCCCCUCGCUCUGUCCAUCCUUCGCUCCGGAACCUUCUUGAGCUUCCAGAAACCCCAGCACCGCGACCUCGCCCUGGUGCCCAGCGCACUGCUAUCGGUACUCGCCCGCGACGGUUCGCCGGACCUCCUCCGCCUGACAGCUGGCUUUCCGGUAAUACGGACAGCACAAAUGUGACAGACCAGCAUCAAUUGGCUAACAUGGCGGGUGACUCCGAGCGUGUUGUUCACCGUUUGAAGCGGCUACCAGGGGUCGUGUUCCCCGAUCAGAGGGAUCUGGUGCAUAUGGUGCUCAAGUCUAUGGCCUUGAAUUGGCUUUGGCAUUUGGACUAUGACGGCCCAUUUCUUGCUCAGCUCCCUAGUCAUAUAAAGGCAUUGCUAUUGAGUUAUGUCGCUGUAUAUGCCAGAGGUCAGCAGUUGAAAGGACGCAUGAGAGGAUUGAAACCGCUUCUUCUAGCCGAGGGCGACCAUGUCCAAAAUAAUGAGCAUGGAGAAGGUGUCAAUGAGAGUAGCAUUAUUGCUAGUGAUGCUGCUAUCUUACGUUUGGACCUGGGCAAUACGCUGGGGCACUGGAUGACAUUCAAGCAGUUGGCAAGCGAGCUGUUCACCUCGACCAAGCCAGAUUUAGACCAAGAUGAAGUGGUUCCAGCUUCAUGGGAUCAGGAGAUCGACCAAGACAAAGCUGAGCCUGUUGUCCCAGACGCAGUUCCAACCCCACCUAUUCCAAAGGGUAUGACCCAGGGUCUACGCUUCACCAAUCUCCGCUACUUGUCUCUUGCUCACCCCCAAUCUGCUUCGGCAAGCUGGAAUUCCCUUCUAAAUAUCGUCAGCCGCCUCUCAACUCUCACUCACCUCUCACUCGCUCAUUGGCCCACUCCAACCCGGACUCCGGGCGCUGCCACUGCUCGUGUCCGGCACCCAUUGCACCGCUCCUUGACUUUCAGCUACAGCGGCACUGACAACUACGCCGCAAUGGACAACAACUGGGCCGAAGCCGCGAGCAUCCUCCGUCAACUUUCACGGUCUACAUACUGCCUAAAAUGGCUUGACCUCGAAGGCUGUGCCGACUGGUUACCAGCCUUGAAAUGGGUCGGCAAUGACCCAAACGGUCACCCAUAUCCACUGGGGGCCUCUGGCCCAGAGUGGAACGGAUCGUGGAGAGAUGUGGAAUGGAUCAACGUGGGCCCUGGCUGGGUUCCUGAUCUGAGAGAUGAUUCGGAAUCUCAGCACCCGCCGCGACCACUGGCUUUGUCUGUUAAUACGCCUGACGACUCUGAUGAUUCUGAUUCUGCUACGCGACAUGAAGAGCGGCUCAUCAAUUUCCGUCGUGCGAAUGAGCUCAAGCUUUACCGGGAUUCUUUUCAUACUUCGUUGGAAGUGCGUAAACACGUGCGACUGAUUAGGAGGGAGGAUCGCGGGAAAUGGCUUCAGGUGUCUUUCGGGCUGGAGAACGUUGACUCGGAGACGGUGAGCACACUGCUUGGACAGGAAAUUUCGGUUGUCCUGUGA